AUGGAUCCUGACAUGGAGCGUCGCCCGAUGCUGGCGAAAAUGAAACAAAAAGCAGGCCACUUUCAGGAACAAAUUCCAUGGAUAAGACGCCUACCCGGUCCAGCAAUAGCCAUAGUCCUUCUCCUGAUCGUCGUUCAAAUCAUAGUCUGGAUAGCAGUAGGCAUAGUCCUACACUUUCACACGGCCCUCAUUUCCACCGCCGUGCUCUCGUACACCCUCGGACUUCGACACGCCCUGGAUGCGGAUCACAUUUCCGCCAUCGACCUCAUGACCCGGCGUCUGGUCGCCUCUGGCCAACGCCCCGUCACCGUCGGUACAUUCUUCUCUCUGGGCCAUUCCACAAUCGUCGUUGUGACCUCUAUAAUAGUAGCUGCCAGUUCCGCUGCGAUUGAGGAUCGUUUCGGUUCUUUCGGCAAGGUUGGUGGUAUCAUUGGAUCUUCGGUGUCCGCGGCUUUCCUCAUCUUGCUGGGAGUCAUGAAUGGCUGGAUCCUCUACAAGCUCUAUCAACAGCUUCAGAAAGCCAUCGCCGCGCCCAUAGGCCAGGAGUCUCUGGAAUUCUCUUUCGAGGGCGGCGGCUGCAUGACCAUGUUGCUGAAGAGAACCUUCAAGCUGGUCGAUCGCCCUUGGAAGAUGUAUCCGUUGGGCGUACUAUUCGGUUUGGGAUUCGAUACUUCGUCCGAGAUCGCCUUGCUCGGAAUCUCCUCCAUCCAAGCCGCAGCAGGAACAUCCAUCUGGCUCAUCUUAAUCUUCCCYGUACUCUUCACGGCGGGGAUGUGUUUACUAGACACAUUUGAUGGCGCUGCGAUGAUGAGUUUAUACACAUCGGCACGCCUCGCGAAAGAUACCAUUGCGGUGCUAUACUAUCAAAUCGUGCUGACUGCAAUCACCGUCAUCGUCGCACUGGUCAUCGGGGUCAUACAGCUCCUCACCAUGAUCCACAACGUUCGACCUGACUUUGAGGGACCAUUUUGGGACGGCGUGGAUGUUGUAGGUGACCACUACGAUGUUAUUGGAGGAUGUAUCGUAGGUUCAUUCCUUGUCUUUGGGAUCUUGUCAGUCCUCGCAUACAAACCUUGGAGAAGGACGGUCGAUCGGAAGAGGGAAGCCGUCUUACUCGACAACGCGGACGUUGAUGAGGUGGAGAUCCUGGGCGACGAAGAAUUGCUUGUGGAUACUUCUCCAGUUCAUGCACGCGAGUCUGACAGCAAAAAGUCAAACGUGAGAACGGAUGUACAGCCGAUUGGCGAGAGUUCUAGAGAUGUAUAA